AUGCCUCUGCCCUCGAAUCACGCCAGCAUCGUCUCGCCUACGCCCUCGCUGCUGGAAACCAAUGGGGUCCCAUUGCCUGCCGACCGAACGAGGAUUAAAGCUGCAAUUCAAGCUGCAGAAGAGCAGCUGAAGGCCUUCACCAAAGAAGACCUUGUCCGUGUCUUGGUUGAAGAAUUGCUAACCGGAGGCGAAUAUUGGACGCUGUUGCGAAUAUCGUAUCUCAACGACUUUGUGCGGAAACACAAGGCACUGCUGUCGCCGGUGAGGAACCUGCCACCAGAGCUCCUUGGCGAGAUCUUUCGUUUCGUCGUCCUACCACGCCGAUUUCAUACAAGCUCGUCCGUCGCCUUACCUAAGGAGCCAGCUCAUAACAUCGCGUACGCUAUUACUCAAACGUGCAAGUAUUGGCGAGAUGUCGCUCUCUCCAUUCCACAGUUAUGGACGUCAAUCCCACCCUUGCAAUACCCAUACCCAUACUUCCACCGCCGAUUGUCGUUCAUGCGCCUCUUCCUCGAGCGGUCCAAAGACCUGCCGAUCCAUGUCAUCAUCUCAAUGGUUCACUGGCCCUUCCUCAACACUCUUGAAGCCGAAGACAGUCUUCCCGACUUCUCUCGUCUCCCCUCCUUCAACCUCCUCUUCUCCCAAGCCCACCGGUGGGGCACCGCCGUUGUACACCUCGACCGGCGGAUCUACGAGACCCUCCCCUCCUUCGACUUCCCACAGCUUACCCACCUCAACCUACGCGUGAACGAAGAGAGCUUCCCCGCGUCGCUCCUCGACUGCCCGAACCACGUCUUCCAGCGCACGCCCUUGCUCAAGCACAUCGUACUCGACAACGUCCAGAAGCACCCGCACAUGGGGCAGCUCCUCCACAACGUCGAGUCCUACGCUGGCCUCCCAAUCGCGCUGGACUACUUCGCGUUCAUGUACAAGAACCUGAGGCGCUGUGAGCUCCGCGGCCCGGUGUCGAUCAUGUACUACAGCGACUUCGUCAUCCCGUUCCCGAAGCUGGAGUAUCUGAGGGUCGCGAGCACGAAUUAUAGGGAGCUGAGCGGGGCGUGGUCGUUUGGGCGGAACCCGGAGGAGACGCCGUUCAGGUACAUCAAGGCGCCGAAGCUGAAGGAGCUCGAGAUCGAGGCGCACCCGGUCCACCCGACGGCCUCGUUGAUCGUGAAGGACCUGCUUGCGGUGACGUUGAGGAAGACGACCCAGCUCCGUGCGCUGACGUUCCAUGUGGUGGGGUGGACGGAAGAGGAGUUCCACAGGCUCCUUGCGGCUACGCCGUUCCUUGAGCGGUUGGACAUUUGGGAUACACCAGCGACGUACUUGAAGCGGCUCGUGUUCGACGCGUCGGAAGGCGCCCCUGGAGCACUUGUCCCGCGUCUGCGCUCCCUCGUCAUUCGCGGGUUCUCCGACACCGACUUUGCCACCCUCGAGCGCCUACGCGACUCUCGCCACCUCGCCGAUCCGUCAGUCAAGAACCUCCACCGUGAGCUUAGUAUCACGCUGACCUACCGGACCGUGAAGAAGUUCAUGAAGGCGCAGAACAUCAUCGAGGGUUGGACAGAGGUCGAGCCGGGGAACCAUAUGAAGGGUUCAGAGUGUACAAUGGUGCUUGGGUGGAGCUCACAUCUGGUGAAGAGCUUCUUCCGCUGGCCCGUUCCUAACCCAGCGGAUAAGAAGUUCGGUGUUGCUUGCUCGGCGAUACAGGCUACUGGGAAAGGACUUCGACGCUUGAGGGCAUCUAACUGGGAUAUGUCAAAACUAAGCCACUUCCUCAGCAUCGUCGAGACCCACGAGUUCGGAAAUCCAGAACUUCUCGAGCCGCUCAUCAAAAUUCCAUCUGCUCAGUCGACUAGGAUCCUUAGAAUCAUGGAGGUGAUCCGCGACAUGUCGCCUGCCGCGCUCAUGCGAGACGAGGUGUACCUGUUCCGCUAUCGCGCGGCGGCUCUGGUGGAGAAGUGGACGCCGCUCGUAGAGGAGAGUAGGAAGUGCCGGAGGUGGAAGUUGUCGGAUGAUUGCAAGUCGUUGAGGUUGGCGUAG